AUGGUCGGGUACACCCAACUGGAGGUUAGAAGGGAGCUUGCACUAGCCACGUACGUUAUGCAGUUGUUGCGAGGUACGCAGUGCAACCCAGGGGUGCUCCGCAUGGUGAGCCUGAACGUGCCGGACCGCAUGGUGGGGCGGCGGCGGCGCGCGGGGCUGCUGGCCGUGCCGCGCGCGCGCACCAACCUGCUGCGGGACGCCCCGCUCACCCGCGCCCUCCGCGUUCUCAACUCUUGCUCAACCGUCCCGCUCUCUUCAGACUACCGCGUAGUGGGUGGGCACGAUGCUGACAUCUCGUCAGCUCCGUACCAGGUGUCUCUCAUGAGGCGAGGCUCCCACCACUGUGGGGGUAGCAUCGUCGCUCCAGACCUCGUGGUCACUGCUGCUCACUGUGUUCAGGGCUUGAACACGGCUGAAUUCUCGGUGCGAGCUGGGUCCAGCUCCAACAGGCGCGGUGGACAAGUCAUCCAAGUCUCUGAUAUGCUCUGGCAUUCAGGUGCCAAUACACAGUUAGAUAACGACAUAGCGCUACUAUUGCUGGCCUCAUCUCUCCAGUACAAUAGCAAAAUCAGUUCAAUACCACUGCAGUUACAAAAUGAGACCAUGAUUGGCGGCAAAGCUAUUAUCUCUGGUUGGGGUUCGCUCAGUGAAGACGGCUCCAGUCCAGAGACCUUGCAAAUGGCGACAGUCCCCCUAGUGAGUCUGGAGGCCUGUCGGCGGUCGUACUCUUCAAUACUCCCCGUGACCCCGAGCAUGAUCUGUGCUGGGGUAGUAGACGGUGGACGCGACUCGUGUCAGGGUGACAGCGGCGGGCCGCUGGUAGUGAACAGCGUGCUGGUGGGAAUAGUCGCCGGAGGCCUCGGCUGCGGCAGAGCCGGCUACCCGGGCGUCUACACUAGGAUCUUAUUCCACGUCCACGGCUGGACACCAUCCAACUGCAAUUUAGCCCGAGUUCGCCUGAAAGAAGUGCUAAGACGAGACCUGGCGGUGCUGUGGGGGCGCUGA